CGUUGCCAUUAUCAAUACGACGACGACGACGACGUGAGUUUGUAUUUGUUGCUCUCUAUCUCUGUGUACAAAUCCAGUUUUUUUUUAUUAUUUUGCUUCACAUUUAAAAACACAGAGAAACAAGUAAAUCACUCUUCAUUUGUAGAAGUUGCUUCGCUUCCGAAAGUAGAUCAUCAUCGCUAUCAGGACGAAUUUGCAGUGUGACAAUAAAAAACAGGCAAAAAUUAUUUCAACUCACAGAAAUCAGUGAAAUUUUCGAAAGAACCGAAUUUUCAAAUAGUUUCGUGUGUUGUGCAAGUUGUAACAGUGUGCGAGUCGCCUCUAAUGUGUGACACCCCGAAUAUUAUAUAAAAAACGAUAGUUGAAGAGAGUCUGCAGUAAGACACCAGAAGUCAAACAAACUUGAAGUGAAUUACUCAAAAAAAAUAUUUUACAAAAAAAAGUUAAAAAACAUUGCAACUUGCUAAAAUUACUCGUAAAAUUACCCGGCAGCAGAAAUCUGUAAUGUACAGAUCGAUCCAGACGAUAAAACUGAUAAAAUAUACUUCAUCAAAUCACUUUUCUGAACAUUUAUGAGCUUGCUUCUUUAUUGAAAAAACUUUAAUUAGUGAAAAAUCCACCUAAAUAUUAUUUUUUAAAAAAAAUUCUUGACACAAAAAAAUUUUUCUAAAAAGCUUCGAGGCAUUUAACUCAAAAAAAAAAGUUGUGCAAACUAGAAAAAAAAUAAAAUUACAAGGCAAGGCACUUAUUAUCAACACACGUAAUUUGUUUCGUAAAGUUAUGGCCCCAAUCGCAACAGCUGAUCAACAAUCUAAGGAACUUGCGAAGAAAAACAAUAAUAUUAUCAACGUGAACAACAAAAACAGCAUCAACAACAACAGCAAGAGAAUGACGGAAAAGUCUGUCGAGACGGGAUAUUUGUUUCCAAAUAUAAUCUGCGGUCCAAUGUAUUCCGGAGCAACGCCUUGCCCAAUUAGAGCGCCGCUCGUUGUUGUUGUUGUAGGACAACCGUGUCGCGGAAAAUCACUGGCGGCUCAUAAAGUUGCGCGACAACUCAAUUGGAAAGGGGAGGCUGCAAAAGUCUUCUCCGUCGAAACAAACGCCACUGCUGAAACCCUCAAAGAAAUUGGACAAUGGUUUGCCGAAGGUAACAACGUCGCCAUUAUCGAUGGCAUGCAUUUAACGCGCCAAUCUCGCCAAUUUGUCUCAAUUUUUUGCUCCGAGUUCGUUUAUCACUAUCUCAUCAUCGAAUUCACGUGCGACGAAAAAUCCCUGCACGACAACAUCGAAGACACCAUCAAAUUUUACGAAAAACAGGACAAAAACUGUGAUUGGCGUGCGAAAAUUACAAAUAGCGUGGAGCAAAACAACGGAAAAUUAGAGCAAUGCAGUCCGAGCGAAGGUCCCUUGAUCAGCGUAAACAACUCGGAGAACCCGAUGUAUCAUUCGGUGAGCGCAAAAGGCGUUCAAGGCCCUCUACAGACUUCAAUUUUGGGAAAAUUAGCAUCGCCUGUGAUCCGAAAUAAGGUUUAUUACUUCAGUCGGCACGGCGAAUCAGAUUUUAACGUUCUCGGCAGAAUUGGGGGCGAUGCAGACCUUUCGCCACGAGGACAGAAGUAUGCUGAUCGUUUACGUCGUCAAUUAGCAUCUUUGUCAGCAGCUUCAGGAACAGUUACGCCUAAAUUGAUUUGGACCUCGGAGUUUCAACGAACGAUCCACACAGCAAAAGAUAUCGCUGGACCUCGUGCUGCACUGAAAGAACUCAACGAAAUCAACGCCGGGAUCUGCGAAGGACUCACUUAUGAAGAAAUUCAAGAGAAAUUCCCGUCGGAAUUCGCGUGGCGUGAUCAAGACAAACUCAAGUAUCGUUACCCGCAUGGCGAAAGUUAUCUGGAUUUGUUACAACGCACGGAAGAUGUCGUUCUCGCGUUACUUACGACGACAGAAACGCUCGUUGUGUCUCAUCAAGCCGUUCUCAGGUGCAUUAUGGCGUACUUUACAGCUACCAAGCCAGAUGACAUCCCUUACAUCAACGUGCCAUUACACACACUGCUAGUUGUUCGCUCGCAUGGCUACAACUACGAAGUCGAAACAAUCCCACUGAAAGUCGAGUGUGUCGACACUUAUCGUUAUCAACCGAAGGACUGUUCCCUUUCCCGCACAACAACCGACGCACUGAAAACCGUUCCCGCGCAUUACGACAGUCCUCUCCAACAAACAAUCAGCUAGAAUGAGGCUUCUUCGGUAUUGUCGUUGGCUGACAGCAAACGCAAGAAACGUGAGUCGUCGUCUUCUGAGCUUCUGACCUGAUGAAAAAAAAGAAAAAAUUGACUUUAGUUUAAAAUUAAAAAAAAAAUUGUAUGUUUAGUUUUAUUUUUUGUUCGUUUUUAAGAGAUAUUAACUUUAAGAAACAGAAAAAAAUUGACCGCUAAAAAAAUCUUUGACAAAAAAAAUAUUUAAAAAAAAUUAGGAGCAAUUGUUAAAUAAAAAAAAAAAUCUUGAUACAAAAUUAAAAAAUAAAAAUAAUAAAAAGCAUUUAUUUAACAUAAAAAAGUAGAAAUGGCAUUCUAUAGCGAGCACUACUGCCUGAUUUUCAUUAAAUUGCAUUAAAUAUGCACAAAAUUGACUAUUUUUAUAAAAAUUGGCUAAAAAAAUUAAAAAAUAAAGCAAAAUUAUUUUUAAAAAAAUGUUAAAAAAUUGAAACUAACUAUGGUGAUUGUGAUAAUUCUUAAGACCAAGCAAAUAAAAUUUUAUUUUUCAGACUAAAAGAAAUUGAAACAUAUUGAAACAAUAGUGAUAAAAAAAAUGUUAAACUAAAAAAUCUUAUAAAUGUGUAGAAAGUUGAAAGUUAUGAGAUGCAUUUCAAGUCUCUCCUCUCCAUCAAAUUAAAAUUUAACAAAAAAAUCUUUGAAAUUGAAUAGAAGUUCUAUAAAAGUUGUUCAAUAUUAAAGAAGUUUAACAUAACAAAAAAAAAUUGUAGAUGAUAGGAAAAUGUUUUUACCUUCGACUCACAUUGAAAUGAAAAUAAUUGAAAAAAAUAUUUAUAAGAAAACAAAAAAUUAUUGAAAA